AAGGGAUUUCAUGGUUUCAAGCAAUAUCCUCAUUCUAAUUGGAUAGAGAGAGUGCCUCCAUAUCAGUCUUAAGUUUUUCAUUCCUAAAGUAAGUUUCUUUCUUGCUAAGGCUAUUCCUUCAAGGGCAUUCCUUUGAAAGAAUUAGAGCUCAGAGACAACUUGAAGUAAACUCCCCAACUCUGUGAACUUCAGCUUGGCUCCCCAUUCCACGUUUGCCAUAUGUGUCAUUGGCUCAGCAGAUGGCACCACCAAGUCCAAGCAACAGCACCCCUAACAGCAACAGUGGAAGCAACGGGCAUGACCAGCUGAGCAAAACCAACCUGUACAUCCGGGGACUGCAGCCAGGCACUACUGACCAGGACCUCGUCAAGUUGUGUCAGCCAUAUGGCAAGAUUGUCUCCACUAAGGCCAUACUGGACAAGACCACGAACAAGUGCAAAGGCUAUGGCUUUGUGGAUUUUGACAGUCCGUCUUCAGCCCAGAAGGCUGUAACGGCCCUGAAAGCCAGUGGGGUGCAGGCGCAGAUGGCAAAGCAACAGGAGCAAGACCCCACAAAUUUAUACAUCUCAAAUCUCCCACUGUCAAUGGAUGAGCAAGAACUGGAGGGGAUGCUGAAGCCCUUCGGCCAGGUUAUCUCCACACGAAUCCUUCGAGACACCAGUGGGACCAGCAGAGGGGUUGGCUUUGCAAGGAUGGAGUCUACAGAGAAGUGUGAAGCCAUCAUCAGCCACUUUAAUGGCAAAUAUAUCAAGACUCCCCCUGGAGUACCAGCCCCAUCUGAUCCCUUGCUCUGCAAAUUUGCUGAUGGUGGGCCAAAGAAAAGACAGUACCAAGGAAAAUUUGUACAAAAUGGACGGACCUGGCCAAGGAAUGGAGAUAUGGGUGGUAUGGCCUUGACCUAUGACCCCACCACAGCUCUUCAGAAUGGGUUUUACCCAGCUCCUUAUAACAUCACACCUAGCAGGAUGCUUGCUCAGUCGGCACUUUCACCCUAUCUUCCAUCUCCCAUGUCUUCAUAUCAGAGAGUGACUCAGACAUCUCCUCUACAAGUACCUAACCCAUCUUGGAUGCACCACCAGUCAUACCUCAUGCAGCCUUCAGGCUCGGUUCUGACACCAGGGAUGGACCACCCCAUUUCUCUCCAGCCUACUUCCAUGAUGGGACCUCUUACCCAGCAACUGGGCCACCUCUCACUCAGCAGCACAGGCACGUACCUGCCGACAGCUGCUGCUAUGCAAGGAGCUUACAUCUCCCAGUACCCACCGGUGCCUUCUUCAACUGUUUCCGUUGAGGACAACAGUGGCCAGCAGAAUCAAGUGGCAGUGGAGACACCCCCAGACCAUGGGAUCUAUUCUUUCCAGUUCAGCAAGUAGCUAUGGGCCUAGGGCUGGAAAGAACCCUCUGCGCUCUAUCCUGGGCUGUUUCUCCAAUGCGGGUGGAUGGAGCCUGCAGAGCCAUGUCGCUUUCUGUAUGUGCUACAUUCAAGGAGAUCACAACCAACCUUUUUCUUUUGUGAAGAAAGUAUUUUUUUUUUUGCUUUAUUUUUAAUUGCAAUGUAUUUUUCUCCUGCCACAAAGAGACAUUGUGGCUGGAAUGA